CGAGUGUCUUCACAGAAACAUUCAAAGCUUUCAGCUUCCCAUUUUGCGACUACUACACUUGUCUCAAUAUUCUCUCCAUUUCUAUCUCUACAGAGUUGAAAGAUUCCUACCUUUUUCUUUUCUUUUCUUUUAAAGGUCUUAAUUAGAUUUAAAUUAUUGUUAUUUUUCAUAGCCCAACAUGGAAAUUGGAAGCUGAAGCAGCACAGUUUACGCUACAAGAUGCAUAGAAGACUAGUUUCCAGGUUUUCUAAUUUGAAGAAUCUCAAUUGUGGAUUCAAUCAAACCAUAUGUUUAUCAACACAGAGAGUGCUAAACCCGGUUGCUGAUGACGAUGCUCUGUACGCCGAUGUACCAAAGCCGCGGAGGAAUAAGUCCGAGAGGAAGCCGUACCCAACGCCAAUGAAGACUUUGAUUCGGAGAGCCAAGGAGGAGAGAGUAGCUCGGAAGGCACAGCCCUGCAGGCUGCUCGAACACCCACCUGAGAACGGGCUCUUGGUCCCCCAACUCGUUGCGGUGGCUCACCAAGUCCACCAAGCCCGGGAAACCCUCCUUCUCGGCGUGUCGAAGCUACUUCAGGUCCUUCCCCUUCAGCGCUGUAGGUACUGCUAUGAGGUUCAUGUUGGCCAAGCGGGUCAUGAGAUCCGAACCUGCACAGGUCCAAAUAGUGGUUUUCGAAGUGCUAAACAUGUAUGGAGAAAAGGAGGAGUUCAAGAUGUGGUUUUCUUCCCCAAAUGCUUCCAUCUUUUCGACCGUGUUGGAAAACCAAGAGUAGGGCAUGAUGAGAGGUAUGCUGUACCGCGGAUCCCCGCAAUUUUGGAGCUAUGUAUACAGGCUGGAGUCGACCUAUAUAAGUACCCGACAAAAAGAAGAACAAGACCCGUGUGCUCCAUAGAAGGAAGAAUUGCAGAUUUUGAAGUGAUGACGAAAAUUGAUGAAGUGGAGAGGAACUCAGAUUCUAGCGUUCUCGGUUUUCCUGAGCAUUUUGUUGCAGGAACCAAACUUGGAGAGUUGGUGGAUUCAAAUUUGGAAAUUGAUAAUGCGGGUCAAAACCUAAGGGAGUUGGGAAUUGGGACAUUAGAGUCAUGGUUAGAGAUGAUAUCCGGUGUGAAGAAGAUCAUGGAGACGUACACCGUGUGGACGUGUGGAUACUGUCCUGAAGUUCAGGUAGGGCCGAAGGGCCACAAGGUGAGAAUGUGCAAGGCCUCGAAGCAUCAGUCUCGUAACGGUUUGCACGCGUGGCAAGAAGCAACGAUAGAAGAUCUCAUCGGUCCCAAUUAUGUUUGGCAUGUUCACGACCCGAAUGAGCCUGCUCUUGACAACAACCUGAAGAGGUAUUAUGGCAAGGCGCCGGCUGUGGUGGAGUUGUGUGUGCAGGCAGGAGCACCUGUUCCGGAUCAGUAUAGGAGUAUGAUGAGAUUGGAUGUAGUUCCUCCAGACCGAGAUGAAGUCGAUCUUGUUGCUUGAACUGCUGUUAGUUUGUCAUGAAAUUGAAUGGUUUACUGACAGCCGGAAAAUUUAUACAUCUUUUUUGCUCCUUCACCAUUGUAUUAGCUGAAAUUUUUGGUCUACUGGAUCAAAGAAAAUACUAGAGCCAUUGUGUGGAUUUCGGGUUAUCUGUGAUUAUAUUUUAACUUGUC